AUGGAAGGUUCCAGUUCUUUACCAAUUUUGAACCCUUUUCAUUGGGGCUUUAAUGGUACUGUCACCCAUUUUGCAUCUGAUGAGACAGUUGAAUUGCUCUUAAAGGAAGCACAUACGAAAACUGAUUUUCAUCACUUUAUUAACCAAAAUAUUCCAGGCUUAAGAAAUGGUGCUAAUUUUAGAUUAAACCCUAUGCUAUUUACUGGUAUUUUACAAACAAUGUAUUUAAGUGGUGCCAAUUUAACAAAGAAAUAUCAAGUAUUUUAUGGUAGAGAAGUAGUUAACUUCUCUGAUGGUGGUAUAUGUACUGCUGAUUGGGUCAUUGACUCCUGGCCUGAGAAAUAUAAAUUUGAUAAAGAAACAGGAUUAUUUGAUAAAAAUAAAUUUAUUGAAGAUGAGAAAGCUACUCACCCAGAUAACUGGCCUAGGCUACAUCCAAGAACCAGAUUCGUUACUAAAGAAGAACAAAAAAUAAUCAGUGAAGAUAUUAGACCAUUGGUUUUAGUUAUCCAUGGGCUAGCUGGUGGCUCCCAUGAACCUAUUAUAAGAUCUUUAACUGAACAAUUGUCUACUAUAGAUCACCAUAAAUUCCAAGUUGUGGUAUUAAAUUCUCGUGGCUGUGCACGUUCUAAAGUCAGUAAUCGUAUGCUAUUUACAGCAUUUCAUACAGAUGAUAUUAAAGAAUUUUUACAAAGAGAACAUGCUAGAAAUCCAAAGAGAAAAAUCUAUGCAGUUGGAUUUUCAUUUGGUGCAACCCUUCUAGCUAAUUACUUGGGUAAAACUGGUGAUAAUAGUUUAAUAUCUGCUGCUGCUACAGUUUCUAAUCCUUGGGAUAUGGUAGCUUCUGGCGAAAAAAUGGAAUUGGAUUGGUGGUCAAGAAAUUUAUUUUCUAAAGCAAUUGCCCAAUUUUUAACUAGAACAGUUGAAGUUAACAUGGGUGAAUUAGGAUUACCAGAUGGCUCUGAACCAGAUCAUGAACCCACUCCUGAUAAGCCCUGUUUCUAUAUGUUUACCAAGGAGAAUGUAACUAAGGCAAAAAGUUUAACCUCUACUUCUCAAUUUGAUAAUACAAAUUGCUCCAUGUUUGGGUUUUUGAAAAAUGCGCUAGCUUAUUAUAAAGCAGCAAGUUCAAUUAAUAAUCUACAAAACAUCAGAGUUCCUACCGUAAUUAUUAACUCUAGGGAUGACCCAGUUGUUGGACUAGCCUCUAUCCCAUAUAAACAAAUACAACUUAACAGAUACACUGUGCUAUGUGAAACUGAUCUUGGUGGUCAUUUAGCAUAUUUAGAUAGUAAUCAAGAUUCUUGGGUCACUAAGAAUAUUGCUCAAUAUUUUGCUAAAUUUGACGAAUUGGUUUUAUAG